UCAUAAUCCCCACCUAGGCUCCAGGGCCAGGUUUCUUGAUAGGCUGCAAACAGCACAGUGCAGCUCCUGCAGCAUGAGUAACCCAACAGCAGCAGCCCCCCAGGGGUCUAAAACCAAUUUGGUUUCUAAGGCAGUGAACACUAACCUGAGAGGGCUUGUUCAUUGCCACUUGCCAAGAUUUUCAUACAGACAUGGAAUGUUCCCAAAGCUCUAUGUGAUGCCCUGGAAACAAGAUAUGAAGUACCGAAAACUGAUAUUAAAGCAUGCUGACAAUGUUGGGCUAUACACUGGUGCCCCUGAAGAUACUCUGUUUUUGGACAAAUGCGAGAGGCACUGCCACGGAGAAGACCGAAAGCAGCUUCUAAUGAAAGUUCCACACCAAAUGACCGUUGUGGACAUUCCCAUUUAUUCUCACCUCUCUCGAUACCACAAAUCCAUGGUGGCUUAUGGCUUCAGGAUCAAACUCUGAGUUGCUUUUUCCACCAGCUGGGAUUGCAUCGGCCAUGUAUUAAACAAUGCUGCAAGAAAACAGCAUGGGACAUUUUUACCCCCUUACUAAAUAGGAUAAAUCCUCCUGAAGUCUGUGAGAUGUUCUGUUAAAGUAAUAAUUUGAGAUCUGAUCCGCUUGGAACCAACCCCAAAUUUUUGAGCUAGAGCUUUUAUGUAUUUAAGAAUCAGGCCCUUAUGCUGGAUUCCUGUCUGAGGAGAAUCCAAGUCUUUGGGCAAAGUUUAACUUUCUAUCUGCAAGUUGGUGUCCUUUCGGAGAAAUGGGAUGGAGUGGAAUCUCAGAAAUCAAAAGGCUUGGAAACUGACUCCCAGAAAGCCCCAAUCCAUAACGAGUCAAGCCCACCUAAAUUUUGCCUCAGGGAUAAACUUAGAGAUAGCAUUAAAUGCCUCUUUGCCUUUAACGUGGAAGUUUAAAAUAAUACAAAUAGCAUCAACUGGGCGGAGGCUGGUAAUUAAUAAGAUUCCAGAAGAGAUCGAAAUUAGCCUUUCAAUCCUGA